AUGAGGGUUAAAUCAGAAGCACCCAUAUCAUCCGAUAAAGAACAAACCGAAUUGUCGAAUGUAUCGAUAUUCGCAUCAGUCAAAGAUAAAUUGGACAAGUUGGAAAUAGCAUACCAAGAGACAAUGGAGUCUAUCAUGAAUCAAUCUAUCCCGCCCGCUACAGAGCUACUAGUUGCAGCCGCUCAAUCUAUCCCACCCGCUACAGAGAUAUUAGCUGCAGCCGCUCAAUCUAUCCCGCCCGCUACAGAGAUAUUAGCUGCUGCUGCUCAAGUCAUACCUGAACUUACAGUCUCUCCGGGAGAGAAGACUGACGCUGGAAGUGGAUUUGUUGGUUACUUCAAAGACGUUAUCGACCACAAGCUAAAACCAAAUCCCCGCCGUCGGUCACCUUCACAGGUCGUGUCUCCACCUCAAACAGAUGUAAUUUCAGUUUCGGUCUCUAAAACCACAUUAACGCGUGACCGCAAGGGCAGUAUUAAAGGACAACGGCAUGUAACCGAAGAUGAACUUGGCACUCCAGUGAACAUAUACUUGGAACACAGAGAUCAUUUGGAACAGGACAAGAAAGCAAGAGUUGAUCUAGAUACAAAGUUGAUAAAGGAGGAUUUAUAUGUUCCCAAUGUUUCUCCUGAUGCUGCUGCUGUUAGUCCGACCUUUGCUAAGACUCCAGAGUCAAGUGGGCCUAGUACUCCAACUAAUACGGACUGGGAUUUCAGCAUCUGGCUUGGAGAUGGAAUGAAAAAGGAGUGUUUCUAUGACUGGUAUGGAAUGGGAACACACGGAAUAAUGUACACUUCAUUUGGAGCAUCCCAUGGACUGGGAAUCGUCUCUCGAUGA